AAACGCCCAUAGCUCAGUUCAUUUUACUGUAGAAUGUCGCACAAGCCACAGAUGAGCUGGUAAUAGAAAUACGAAACAAAAUUUAAAGUGUUUAUUAAAAGUUUGUUUUUGUCUUUAAAAUAUAACACGCGUUAAAAACUAAAUUUGCUGUGUUACCGGUGUUGUCUGUCAACCGAGUAAUUAUUUGACUGCGAAAUUGUUUUUUUUUCGAGACGCGCGAAAUCGGGAAUGCCGUCCUACAAGGAUAUCCAUUUGGUGCGCGCCGGUUUCCGGCUAGCGGCUAUGAAUGGAAGCUAUCGCGCUUUCGCCUCGCCCCUGAUGCGCGGCUAUGCCACCAAGUGCAAGAACCCUAAGGGCGUGGUCGUGGGCAUCUAUGCUAAGGAGGGCGACAAGUCUAUCAAGACUACCGGCGGUGCUGUUCAGCUGGACGACGAGCUUGGCGGCAAGCUGAUGACGCUGAUCCGAGAGCGCGGCAUGAACGGCAAGGCCGGGAAGGGGCUGCUGUUCAGCGGCUUCGAGGGCGAGUACAACACCGUGGCCGUGGUGGGUGUCGGCCCACAAGGAGCUGCCUAUAACGAGAACGAGGAGCUGGACGAGGGCAUGGAGAAUGUGCGCAUUGCCGCUGGAACCGGCGCACGUGCCCUCCAGCUCCAGGGCAUGGUUGAAGUGCACGUCGACGCCAUGGACUACCCGGAGCAGGCGGCCGAGGGCGCUGCCCUGGCCGUGUGGCGGUACAAUGCCAACAAGCGCAAGAAGAACCGCACCCACACCCCCAAGCUGGACAUGUACGGCAAAGGUGAUCGCGACGCCUGGGUGCGGGGUCUCUUCAAGGCAGAGUCCCAGAAUCUGGCGCGCCGUCUGUCCGACACUCCGGCCAACAUGAUGACUCCCUCCAUCUUCGCCCAGGCCGCCGUCGACGCCCUGUGCCCUUGCGGUGUCACCGUCGAAGUCCGUUCCAUGGACUGGAUCGAGGACAUGAACCUGAACUCCUUCCUGAUGAUCGCCAAGGGAUCCUGCGAGCCUCCCCUGCUGCUGGAGUGCAGCUACUGCGGCACUGCCCCCGAAGAUCGCCCCGUCCUGAUGCUGGGCCAGGGCCUGACCUUCCACAGCGGCGGUCUGUGCCUGAAGCCAAAGAAGGGAAUGGACAAGUACCGCGGCGCCAUGGCCGGAGCCGCGGUCUGCGUGGGGGUCCUUCGAGCAGCUGCCGCCCUGUCCCUGCCAAUAAACAUCACUGCUGUGAUGCCGUUGUGCGAACAUAUGCCCUCCGGCAUGGCCGUAAAGUGCGGCGAUGUGGUGACUCUUCUGAACGGCACUACCUUGGGCAUCAAAAAUGUGGGCAACGCUCCGGUCGUCCAACUGGCCGAUCCUCUGCUGUACGCCCAGGCCACAUACAAGCCAAAGCUUGUCCUUGACAUCGGCCCCGUGGCCAUGGGCGUGAACUACGCCGUGGGCGGUGGAGCCAGCGGUCUCUGGACCACCUCCAAGUCUGUGUGGCAGAACUUCCGUAAGGCGGGCGGCCUCACUGGCGACCGCAUCUGGCGCUUCCCCCUGUUCAAGUACUACAAGCAGAUCGUGAACAACAACAUAACCUACGACCUCUGCAAUACCGGAAAAGGUCCUUCCACUUCCUGCCUAGCUGCUGCUAUACUGCACUCUCUGGUGCCCUGCGUGGACUGGGCCCAUUUGGAUAUUCGCGGCACCGGAUUAACCACCAAGAUUAAUGUUCUACCCUACCUACUUAAAAACUCGAUGACCGGCCGGCCAACACGUACCGUCAUCCAAUUCAUGUACCAGAUGGCUUGCACCCAGUAGUCAGUAGUAGUGUAAGCUUAGGGUGUUCCGGAUUGGAUCCCAUGUAUUCCAGAAUUUUGGUAUUGGAAUUUUGGUGCAGGAAUUGACAGUGUUUAAACAAUGAUGCCAGUGAGAGAGGCUCGAAUAGGUUUACUUGAUGUGCGCAUGCAGUAUAAUUUUACUUUGUUGUUUGGAAAAAAAUGAACGAAUAAAUUUGUAAUUUCGAUAAAAUAAAAAAUGUAAAACAAA